UCGCUCCCCUCCACUAACAAGGAGGCAGCAUUAGUUUUAGUAGCUUUUUGAAUUGCGAUUGGCAGGUCACUCAUGAUCUCUGCAUCGUCUCUUUGGUUCACAGCCUCAACCAGCCUCCCGCUGCAACUUCUCAGAGCUGCGCAGUGCAGGAUCUGCACACAUUGCAGCGGGCGGAGCCUAGUGACGUCACGCAGCUGCGCAGCUGCGCAGAACUGCAGAAGUCUGCGCUAUAAAAACACGACCACGCUGUUGCUCUGUUCGCAAACCAUAGGUUUAGAAUGUUUCUGCAGCCAAUCAUACGCGACUAUUUCAACCAGAAACGCCUACUACUAGUGACGCUAUCAUUUAGUUACAGGAAAUUGAAACGUUGCUUUGUUUAUGCAGGGGAGAGAGGAGCAGCUGAUGAUGAUUUUACAGCAUUUUUACGUUUCUUAUCAGCUUGAGUUCUGAAAAAGAGAGUCACUUUUCUGUGUUAUUUAAGAACUCAGACAGACUGGAACGCUAAUGUAAUGUAAAACGAGUUUCUUUAUCGCACUAGGAGAAAAGCUUUUAUAUUAAAUGUUAAUUUUCCAGUAAAAGCAAAGCGGAUUCCGCUGCUCGAGUCUCAAGCUAACAGUCAGUGAAGAUGGACGUCAUUGUCUCCGUGUCGUUCUUUCAAGACGAGCUCGCCUCUACCAUCGAGCACGCAGUGAAAGCGGCUGUAGACACCGUCUUGUGCCAAAUCACAAAAGUUGUCGGCGGCAAAUUCACUGAAUUCCGAAUGGAAAUGGCUGGAAAGGAGAAAGAGAAUGAAAGUCUGAAGCUGAGAUUGGAAAUAUCAGAGAGCGAGUUGAAAGCAGUGCGGGAAUGCAUGAACGCUGCAGAUGCAGACAUUAAACAACCUCUCAGAAACAUGAACCCCGACUGCAAUGAACAAGACUUUCAGAGGAACGAGAACCAGGGAUUAUUUCAAGAUCCCAAAGAGAGCCGUGCUGUACCUAAAUCUGAAGCACAGGAGGGUCCAAGGAUAGAAGCAGUUUACACACAAGAGGAGUCCUUUGAUCAGGAGUGGUGUGCAAGUCUAAAGCAGGUUACAGAGCUGACAUUUGUUAAAGAUGAAGAGGUCCCUCGACUGGAAUGUGUUCCUAUUAAAGAGGAAUUCAUAGAACAGGAAUGUGUUCCCAUCGCAGAGGAAGUUCCUACUGAAAAUAAUGUCUGUACACUUGAGGAGAACAACCAGCUGGGAUCCAGCCUGUGUGAUGAUUGUCCACCUGAAUGUGAACUGGGAUUUAGAGCUUUUAUAGUAGAUGAAGGAGAACACGACUCCACUCCAUCACUCCACUGCAAAAACUCUUCUAGUGGCAAACCACAGAGCAGGAAACACAGCGAGACGACACCACAAGAAGAACAUUUUAAAACAAUGAGAGUUCAAAUUCCUUCUGUACAAGACAAGCAGCUACUUACUCUGGAGAGUAUAGAGACUGCAUAUUCUGUGUGUGUGAACAAUUCUGAAACCCGGGGCAACUUGAAGACCUUGUCUUGCUCUACUGAAGAUGGGAAGAGUUCCUGGCAAUUAGGCUCUCCUAAAACUCACAAGGGAAAUCACACAGGAGGGACUCCAUUUUCCUGUGCUGAGUUUCGGAACAAUUUCAGUCGUUUAUCGCACCUUAAAAGACAACGGCGCAAUCACAUAGGAGAGAAACUACACCACUGUAAUGAAUGUGAGAAGAGUUUUUCUCAAUUACAGCAUCUUAAAAAUCACAUCCGAAUUCACACAGGAGAGAAACCAUAUCACUGUAAUGUUUGUGGGAAGCGCUUUACUGAAUUAGGAACUCUUAAAAGACACAAAAGAAUUCACACAGGAGAGAAACCACAUCACUGUAAUGAAUGUGGGAGGAGUUUCACUCGAGCAGAGGGCCUUAGGAAACACCUGCGAAUUCACAGGAGAGAAACAAUACCACUGUAUGUAUCCCUGAAUGUUGGGAAUAGUUUAUCUGGUGGGAAUUCUUAAAAACCAGAAAAUUAUUGCAAGACAAAAACCCAGUCACUGAAGAGAUUAAUAUGAUAAAAAAAAAAAAUGGACAUAUUUUCACAAUUUUCUUCCUUCACCCAGAACCAAGACCAAAUAUGAAUCCGUUCAACAGAUAUUCACAUUUUCAUCCCCUAUUGUUUUCAAUGGGAUUUCCACUUUUUUCUUUUGGAUUGAUGUCUGAUACGAAAAAAGAAUGUGGCCAUCACGAAAAAUAUAUUUUUUUGUCAGACCCUAUUUAGUCGUCAGAAAAUUCCUUUUUGACGAGGCCGUCAUCUUGUCUUAUUUAUUUUUUCAAAUGUUUUAAGUCCGCAGCUGGGCUGCAGACACAACAGUGGGUCGUUUACAAUCUCUUUUAUUAUUAUUAAUUAUCCUUUUAUACUAACAUGGCCAGCAGUGUGGAGUAGUGGUUAGGGCUCUGGACUCUUGACCGGAGGGUCGUGGGUUCAAUCCCAGGUGGGGGACGCUGCUGCUGUACCCUUGAGCAAGGUACUUUACCUAGAUUGCUCCAGUAAAAACCCAACUGUAUAAAUGGGUAAUUGUAUGUAAAAAAAUAAUGUAACAAUUGUAAGUCACACUGGAUAAGGACGUCUGUUAAGAAGUAAAUAAUUUGAGUUUUUGUUCAUGAGUGCGAACAUCCAAAAUGCUAAAAAUUGAUUACAUUUUAUAUCUGAAAUAUUUUAAUGGUUGUAGUAAAAUUAAACUUCCUCGCUUGAAAACUAUCGACCUAUUCCGUUUUCAAUUUUUUUUCUUUUUGCUGAGAGAGAUUAUUUCUAUUUGGUUUUAUUACUAUCCCAGCCCCGAGUCCAUUUUCCAUUUUUUCUGAGCCCACUUUAAGGACUAGAUGUAACAAAAAUAUAUAGUUUCCGUAGCAAGGUUUAGAGAACUGUCAAUCAAAACACAAAUUCCCAAAUCACAGGGCCGGAUUGUCUAUCUGGAGGCGGGACACAGAGCGAGCGCUCUGGCGAUAGGUCAGUGUUAAGGUCAUGUGAUUGCUGUCUACAGAACGAUAUCUAUCGGAAGCCUUAACAGUGUACAGUUGUAUUUAAGGCAUGUUGGAUUUCGAAGUGUCACAUUUAAGUGUCAGUUUUUCGUUAAGUAUGGAAAACUACAAAGCGGUAUGUAAUUCAGUAUGUUAACGUAGCAUUAUUCCAUAGGCUUCAUUCGACUCUGUAAAGAAAAAUUAUUUAAUUAUAUAGGGAGAUGCCAAACUUUUGCCCAUAGCUGUACUGUUAAUUCACUGUAUUCCAACAGAUACAUUACAACUGUACAUGCAAUACUGGAAAAAUUCAAUAAACAUGGUAUUGAUUUACAGUGGUCUGUACUGUGUAGCGAGAUGUGUUCAUUAUUAUUAUUAUUUAUUUCUUAGCAGACGCCCUUAUCCAGGGCGACUUACAAUUGUUACAAGAUUUCACAUUAUACAGAUAUCACAGUAUUUUUACAUACAAUUACCCAUUUAUACAGUUGGGUUUUUACUGGAGCAAUCUAGGUAAAGUACCUUGCUCAAGGGUACAGCAACAGUGUCCCCCCACCUGGGAUUGAACCCACGACCCUCCGGUCAAGAGUCCAGAGCCCUAACCACUACUCCACACUGCUGCUGUACUGUGUAGCGAGAUGUGUUUAUAUAUUUGAUCCAAUAGUAACAUACGAUGUAACUACUGCUUGGAACUUUUUGUCUAAACAAAAUCUCCACGAUUCACAAACCGCAUCCCCACAUCGCUGUCAGCCAAAAAGCUAAAAUCUAUUCAUGUUCCACUUCGAACAAGCUGAACUUGUUAGUCUGUCUGCCUCACAAAAUUCCACCUUUGGGAUAUUAAUUUAAGUUUCUUCAUAGAAUUAUGUUUUCAUAGAACAAGUUUCUAAUGUAUGGAAUUGUAUUGAAUAAAUGUUAAACCAUGA